CUUCGAAGGGGUAAGUGACUACGACUGUUGAACGCAACAAGAGCCCUAAGCCGAACAAGAUGAACAGUUUUUCGCUUUUAGUUCUGUUGGCUGUUUUGAGCACCGGUUAUGGCCUUAGGUGUUAUAAUUGCCCUGGUAAAGAGGCCGACUGCACCAAGGAAAUACUUGAAGGAAACAAAACAAAAUACACAGACACCUGUGUCGCAGGUAUGGAUACGUGCAUGAGGACCUGGGGCCAGAAGGAGGGUGAUGACGACAGCUACGUCACCAACACUUGCAUGACAAAGCAAGCCUGUGACGAUCUUAAAAAGAAAUGUGAAGACAACGAGCUGAAAGAUGAAAAUGAAAAACCGAUGAAAAAGUGCGCCAUCGCGUGCUGUAGCUCAGACGAAUGUAAUGGCAGUUCUAAAGUCUCCUUCGGCGUGAUCUUCUUGGCCGCCUGCUCCAUCAUCGGCUUGGCACUGAUAAAGUGAAGUAGAACAUAAUGCAACUCCACUGGCAGGAUUUUACACGUAUACACCAGGGGCAAGUUUCUUAAGUCAAUCAAUUCACAAAACCUUCUGACUCAUUUUCAAUGAAAACCGUCAGGUUGUCUGAAUAAAGAUUUCAAUUCUUCACAGAAAAUAUUCCGAGUGAAAUUUUCUUUUAAUUUUGCGAUCUAAGAAUGCUUGCAUACUCUAUUAACAAUUACUAAGGCUGAAAUUCUGGUUGUACCCAUACUCCUUUUCAAAGAGUAUAUCUAGACUGAGCUGAGUUUUCAUGGGCUAAAUUAACCGAGUUUCUUUUGACUAGAUGCCCAAUAUUCUAAGCGAGAAACAAGGACAACUCUAUUUACGAAACAUUUUAAAAAGUGAACUAUUUUUCCCUUUAGAAUUCAAAAAAGAAAAUUGGCUCACCAGGACCCUGUCAGUAAUUACAAGCCAUUAUCAAAACAUCUGAAUCACACUGUUUCGUUAAUGAAAUUUUUGAUUGCCUCUACUCCGUCAAAAUCUUAAUGAUACUUUCAGGGUUUGGUUAAUGGAAAUUUGCGUGGCAGGCGCUGCAUGUUAUAUAACGCAAAAAGCACUUUGUCUCUUGUCCAGGCUUGAGCCUAAUACUUGUGAGGCACUACAUUGAUUUCCACCACCUACUAACAGUUAACAGGGAAGACUUGUUUACAA